AAAUCUUUUUCUUUUUUUUUUUAAAAAAAAAAUCUUUAAUCAUUUCUUUUUCGAAAUUUGUAAAAAAUGAGCGAAUUAUCAGUCCCUCCGAUGAUGUAUUCUUUACAAUUAAAUGAAUUUGGACCUCCAUCUAAUCUAAAAUAUGUUGAAGUGAAAUCUCCUCAACUUUGUUCUCCAUAUCAAGUAAUUGUAAAAGUGAUAGCGGCUGGUGUUAACCCUAUUGAAUAUAAACUUAGAAGUGGAAAUUUUCCAAUAGUUAAUGUUUUGUUGAAAUUUCCUGCUGUUUUAGGGUCUGAUUUUUCUGGAGUAAUUCUUGCAAAAGGAGAUAAAGUAACAGAAUUUAAAAUUGGAGAUGAAGUUUUUGGUAAAACUAAAAAUAUAUUUAGUGGAUUAGGAACUUAUGCGCAAUUUGUGUUGGUUAAUGUUAAAAGUGAUGCCAUCCUAAAGAAACCUGCUUCAAUUACUCAUCAAGAAGCCGCAGGAAUUGGUAUGGCUAGUUUAACAGCAUGGAGUGGAUUAAUUUCUUUUGGCAAUUUAAAAAUUGAUGAAGAGGCCAAAAAACUUCAUCAAAAAGUUUUAGUAAUUGGUGCCUCAGGAGGAGUUGGAACUUUCGCGGUUCAAAUUGCAAAAAUUAUCAAUAAUGCACAUGUAACAGCAAUUUGUUCAGGUAAAAAUGCAGAAUUAGUUAAAAAUUUAGGGGCAGAUCGUGUAAUUGAUUAUACUAAGGAAGAUUUUGGAGAAGUUUUAAAAGAAGAAAGAGAAAGUAUUGAUUUAGUAUUUGAUUGUAUUGGUGGAGACGAAUAUUAUGAUAAAUCUAUACCAUUAUUAAGGAUAGGAGGUAAUUUUGUUACAGCCGUAGGACCUGAUACUUAUGGUGAUAAUUUGGGAACAAUUAAUACUAUGAAAGCCAUUGCUGUUACACUCGGAAGAAAAUUGUUCAGUGUAAGAAAUUACAAAUUCAUAAUUGGUUUAUCGGAGAAAGAUUUACCUAAAAUUGUUACAUAUAUGGAGAAAAGACAAAUUGUUACAGUCAUUGGGCACGAAUUUGAUUUAAAAGACGGAGUUAAAGCCCAUGAAAUAAGUGAAAGUCAUAGAGCUUAUGGAAAAAUAAUCUUAAAUUGUUCAAAUUAAAUUAAAUUAUAUAUAAAUAUUUUUUU